AUGAAGCCCACUCUCGACAACACUACCAGAGCCAGCGACCUAGUCCGACAUUAUGCUUCAGAGGUUGCUGGGAAAACCAUUCUCGUUACCGGCCCGUCUCCCGGCAGCCUUGGUGACAGCUUCGUUCGUCAGGUUGCAGCCGGAAAGCCGGCCAUGUUCAUUCUGGCUGGGAGAUCCGUUGCCAAGAUGCAAGACUUGAUAGAUGAGCUCAAAUCUUCUCAUCCGGAAGUCAAGGUUAAAACCCUUCCGUUGAAUCUUCUCUCGUUCGCCGACGUUCGCAAAGCGGCCGAGAACGUCAAGUCGUGGGACGAUGUCCCGCAUAUCGACAUACUAGUCAACAACGCCGGCAUCAUGGCGGUCCCCUAUGCCUUGACCGACGACGGGUUUGAAAGCCAAUUCCAGACCAACCACCUGAGCCACUUCCUCUUCACCAAUCUCAUCAUGGACAAGCUUUUGGCCUCGCCUUCGGGUGCUCCCAGGGUGAUAUGUGUCAGUAGUAUGGGCCACAGUGUUGGCCACAUUCGCUGGACAGACUACAACUUCAACGAAGGAAAGAACUACAACAAGUGGUUUGCAUACGGGCAGUCCAAGACGGCAAAUGCUCUAAUGGCCCUCGGCCUUGCAGACAGACUUGGUCAUAAAGGACUUCUGGCUUUCUCUCUCUGCCCCGGCCAAAUCACCACCAACCUUGCAAGUCACGAAGCUGACAACCUGGCGGCGUUCAUCGGCGAUCUCAUGGAAGCCCACAGAAUCUAUGGAAACAAGACUAUGUGGGGAUUCGACGGCGUCAGAAGGAAGGAUCUGGACCAAGGAGUUUCGACCCAUGUCUUAGCCGCAUUCAACACGACUAUCUGCGCACCGGCUAAGAACGGGGCCUAUCUGACCGAUUGUCGCAUUGCUGAUCCGUACAAGGAAGAAGUCUACCCUUGGGCUACCAGCAAGGUAGAGGCUGACAAGCUGUGGAAGUUGAGCGAGAAGCUUGUUCAUCAGGAGUUCUCUUACUGA